AUGCACUCUUUCUUUCUUUUCUUUCUUUCUUUCUUUCUUUCUUUCUUUCUUUCUUUCAAUACAAUCUUUCUUUUAUUUAAUUUUUUAUCCGCCUGCCCAUCUAUCUAUCUAUCUAUCUAUCUAUCUAUCUAUCUAUCUAUCUAUCUAUCUAUCUAUCUCAUUCUGACAAUUUUCUUUCUUUCUAUCUCAUUCUAUCAAUUUUCUUUUUCUUUUUUUCUAUCGCAUUCUGUCAGUUUUCUUUCUUUCUGUCUCAUUCUGUCAAUUUUCUAUCUAUCUAUCUAUCUAUCUAUCUAUCUAUCUAUCUAUCUCAUUCUGUCAAUUUUCUUUUUUCUUUCUAUCACAUUCUUUCUAUCUUUCUAUUUCAUUCUGUCAAUUUUCUUACUUUCUUUCUAUCUAUCUAUCUAUCUAUCUCAUUCUGUCAAUUUUCUUUCUUUCUUUCUUUCUUUCUUUCUCAUUCUGUCAAUUUUCUUAUUUUCUAUCUAUCUCUUUCUGUCAAUUUUGUUUCUUUCUUUCUAUUUGUCUAUAUCAUUCUGUCAAUUUUCUUUUUUCUUAAUAUCUCAUUCUGUCAAUUUUCUUUCUUUCUAUCUAUUUCAUUCUGUCAAUUUUCUUUCUAAUUCAUUCAAUUUUCUUUCUUUCAUUCUAUCUAUCUAUCUAUCUAUCUAUCUAUCUAUCUCAUUCUGUUCACUAUCUAUCUAUCUAUCUAUCUAUCUAUCUAUCUAUCUAUCUAUCUAUCUAUCUUUUCAAAGUUUAUGUCUCUUUUUGUUUCUUUCUUUCUUUCUUUCUUACUUUCUUUCUUUCUUUCUCCCUGGACUCUGA